AUGCUGCUCAGCCGGACUCGAUCGAAUACAGCUCCCCAUGUCAGAGCUGAUGAACGACUCAAAAAGGACGUGGCACCAGAGGAAAAAGGAUGCUACGGAUGCGACGGAAGAUUCAAGGUAUGCUUCGAAACAGAUACUGGGGGCCUGGUGAGCUGGUGCAAGGACCUCCAAGAGGCAUCACAGCGAGUGAAGAACGAUGUCUGCUCUGAUCCCGUAUUCGAGAGACGCAAGUCAACAGGGGGCCUCCGUCCUCCAUUGAACAUUGCAAUACUCAUAGUCGGUUCCCGCGGCGACGUCCAGCCCUUCAUCCCAAUCGCCCAGAUCCUCUCCAAGCCGCCGUACGAGCAUCGAGUGCGCAUCUGCACGCACCCUGCAUUCAAAGACUUUGUCGAGGCUCAGGGCGUCGAGUUCUUUUCCAUUGGCGGCGACCCCGAAGCCCUCAUGUCCUACAUGGUGAGGAAUCCGGGGCUGUUUCCCAACCGGAAAAGCGUCAGGGCCGGUGAUAUUGGGAAACGAAGGGCAGAGAUGUGGGAGAUUAUCAACGGUGCGUGGCGAGGCUGCACUGAAGCCGGCAAUGGAAUGGGAGAACCUGUCAGGGCUACAGAUGUCGAGGACGUUGAGGAUCUCUUUCUCGCAGACGCCAUCAUCGCCAACCCGCCAUCCAUUGCACAUAUACACUGCGCCGAAAAGCUGGGAAUCCCGCUGCACAUGGUCUUCACAAUGCCGUUUUCUCCCACUUCGGCUUUUCCACAUCCACUGGCCUCUAUGAACUAUGCAGGUGCAGAUGCCAAGACAGCCAACUAUCUUUCCUUUGUCGUGAUGGAAUUGUUGAUGUGGCAAGGUCUCGGAGACUUGAUCAACAAGUUUCGCCGCAAGCUUGGGUUGGAUCCCAUCAGCGUCAUGUGGGGAUACCAACUCUUGUCCAGACUCCGCGUGCCAUUUACCUAUCUCUGGGCCCAGUCUCUAAUACCCAAGCCACCUGACUGGGGGUCGCAUAUCAACAUCGCCGGAUAUUCAUUCCUGCCGCUCGCCAGCUCUUACACACCUCCGCCCGACCUGUUAGCCUUUCUCGAGGAAAGUCCCGCUCCCAUAUAUAUUGGUUUCGGGUCUAUUGUUGUUGAAGAUCCCGAUCGUCUUUCAGCGCUCAUCUUCGGAGCUGUGAAGCUCUCUGGGGUUCGUGCCAUCAUCAGCAGAGGGUGGAGUGGCGUGGGAGACAAGUGUGAAGUCCCCAAAGAAGUCUAUUUGAUUGACAACUGUCCACACGACUGGCUAUUCAAGCGUGUCGCAGCGGUGGUCCAUCAUGGAGGCGCCGGCACCACUGCCGCUGGAAUCGCAGCAGGGCGACCUACCGUCAUUGUCCCUUUCUUUGGCGACCAGCCUUUCUGGGGAAAGAUGAUUGCACGCUCUGGAGCUGGACCGGAACCAGUGGCGUUCAAAGCAUUGACUGCGGAAAUCUUGGCCGAGAGCAUAACUUUUGCGUUGACGCCAGAGGCUCAAGAGGCCGCAAAACGAAUGGCGGAGGAGAUAUCUCAAGAGGAUGGCGCAGAAGAUACCGCCAAGAGGUUCCAAGACCGCAUUGGUCUGGACAAGUACGAAUGCGAGAUCUGCCCAGGACGCUUAGCUACCCAUUGGCACAAGAAAACGAGGACGCGCCUGAGUGGCUUUGCUGUUGCAUGUCUCGUUGAUCGCGGGCUAAUACAACCCCCUGAGCUCGAGCUUAUACGACGCAAAAACUGGUACGUCGAUGAAGGCGUUGAGCAUCCUCUGGUGGGGUUUGUAUCUGCACUCACCGGCCCCAUGAUGGAUUACACCACGGCAACGUUCGACUACACUCAUGCUCUGAAAUCUCGACCGAAACAUACUCCUGCGCCUCCAGAAGGUAGAAGGCAGUCAUGGCUUGAUCCAUGGUCCGCAGAGAAGAUCGAGAAUGGCUCAAUAGCAAGCAACGGGACAUCUCCAAGUCGUCGAAUCAAUCCCACCACCUUUUCUCGCAGAGAAAUGGAGCUGUAUGCCUCUAAAGUGGCGAGGAAAUCCAUAAAGACCAACAACGCCGACAUCGACACCCUUAUUCGAGCGCCGACCCUCUAUGAUAAACAAAAGGCGGCCUGGCUCGCUCGAGAAAGAGGUCGAAACGGCCGCAUCUUCUAUUUGACUCGUGCGACGGGCCGAUAUGCUUCUGAAUUGACCAAAGUAACCCUAAAAGUCCCCGUAGCUUUCUUUUACAACAUUGCAAAUGGAUUUCACAAUUAUCCUUCGGUCGGUUUUGCAGGGGUUGAAGUUCGCCGCCGCGAUCAGAUCAUCGACCUCGAAACAGGUCUUGCGGCAGCCGGCAAAGAAUUUACGCUCGGAAUGUGGGAGGCCUUCAGCGGGGUGGUUGUCUGGCCUUACAAAAGUAUUCAUGACGAGGGUGCGAAAGGAAUUGGCAAAGGCGUAUGGCGCGGCUCAAAGGGCUUUUUCUCCAAUUUGGGUGCCUCAACUUUCGGCCUACCUGGUUAUACCCUCAAAGGCGUGGAAAGGGAGCUGCAAAAGCAUCAUCUCACCAAUUGUAAAGCCGAAGUCAUUCUAAUCAGGCUACGGCAAGGCAUUGAAGCCUUUCGAAGUGCAACUCCACGAGAGAGAGAUGGAGUCAUCUAUCGAUGGAAGAAACACCUCCAGAAGAAAGGUGUUUAA